CACACUUUGCAGUUUCACCCUUACGUGUAUUUCCUUAUAUCUAGGAAAAAUCGUUACACAUUUGCAUCAAAUCGUAACAAAAUCAAAAACCAAAUCAUUAUAAAAACACAACACACAACAACAACAACAUAACACACAAACAAACCCACCUCGUUUUUUCAGAAAAAACCAAACAUGGCUGAGAUUCAUGGCAGAACUGAACCUCUUCUUGAUGAAGAUGCUGCUAACGGUUCUUGGAAACUCAACGUCAAGGAGUUCCAUCUACCAUCCCAGAAUGUUGCUGAUCGCCAAGACAAAAGUUCCUUCAGUUUCAAUGGCCUCCUUCGUAAGCCUAAGAAGCAACGCAAGGUGGCGGAGUAUUACAAGAAACAAGAGAGACUCCUUGAAGGAUUUAACGAAAUGGAGGCUAUGCAUGAAACCGGUUUUUACCCCGGAGGUCUUACCGAGGAUGAAAUGAAGCAGCUUGCGAAGAGUGAGAGAAUGGCGGUUCAUGUGUCGAAUAUAUGUAACUUGGUGCUGUUUGCUGCAAAGGUUUUCGCGUCGAUCGAGAGUAGAUCACUGGCCGUCAUUGCAUCAACACUAGAUUCUCUUUUGGAUCUCUUGUCAGGUUUCAUACUGUGGUUUACUUCCAAUGCUAUGAGAAAGCCUAACCGGUUUCACUACCCGAUUGGAAAGAAACGCAUGCAACCAGUGGGUAUCAUUGUUUUUGCAUCAGUAAUGGCGACCUUGGGCUUGCAGAUUUUGAUCGAGUCUGGCCGGCAAAUUAUUGCAAAGGCAAAACCUGAAGUUGAUCCAACUAAGGUAAAUUGGAUGAUUGGAAUUAUGGUAGCCGUGACCGUGGUGAAGUUCAUUCUUAUGCUUUACUGUCGAAGAUUCAAAAACGAAAUCGUCAGAGCUUACGCACAAGAUCAUCUUUUUGAUGUCGUUACUAAUUCCGUCGGAUUAGCUGCUGCUGUUCUUGCUGUCAAAUACGUAUGGUGGAUCGAUCCAGCCGGAGCUAUUGUCAUUGCGUUAUACACAAUCAACACAUGGACAAAGACAGUGAUUGAGAAUGUUUGGUCCCUCAUUGGAAGAACAGCGCCACCCGAUUUCUUGGCAAAGCUAACCUACCUUAUAUGGAACCACCACGAGCAAAUCAAGCACAUAGAUACGGUUAGAGCGUACACGUUCGGCGCACACUACUUCGUCGAAGUCGACAUUGUUUUGCCGGAAGACAUGCUUCUGAACCAAGCACACAACAUCGGUGAAACACUUCAAGAGAAACUAGAACAGCUUCCGGAAGUUGAAAGAGCUUUUGUGCACAUUGAUUUUGAGUUCACUCAUAGACCUGAGCACAAGAUAUCAGUAUGAUGAUGAUGAUGGUGAUGAUGGAAUGGAAGAGAUUUGUUAUGAUUUUUUGUAUGAGACAAGUGACAUAGUUUUUGUUUUGUUUAUAGUUGCUGAUACAUGGGAUUGUUUUUGUUCUGUGAUAUACUAAUGUUUAUUUUUAAGUUUAUUUCAAAUAAUUGCUAUUUUGUUUAA